UGCGUGACAAACAGCAAAAGCAAGUUCUCGGAUUACACUGGUUUUGUCAAAAGAUAUACAAGUUAUUAUGAAUGUGGAAAUAGCUACUGUAAAGACGUCAACUAUCGAGAACAUUAUCACUGUAUGGAUUGUAACUGCAAGGUGUUCCUAAAGAAAGAAGAGAUUAUUCGACAUUGCAAGUGGCAUAAAAAACGGGAUGAGUUUUUACAACAGGGUUUUAUGCGAUAUAGUUCAACAGAUAGCUGCUCUGAUCGAUUUACACACUGUUCACACAACGGAAAACAGACUCACUAUCACUGUCUGAAGGAAGGAUGUGACAAGGUGUACACCAGCACUUCAGAUGUUCAAGUGCAUGGAAAUUGUCAUCGAAAAGAUUCGGCCAUUAUUCGGGAAGGUUUCCAUAGGUAUCGGGCCACUGAAGAUUGCGGCUCUUAUAACUGCCCUUUCGGUAGCCAGAGAACCACUCACUUUCACUGUAGACGUCCAGGAUGUAGUUAUACCUUUAAAAACAAGUCUGAUAUAGAAAAACACAAAGCUUAUCACAUUAAAGAUGAGCAACUGAUCAGAGAUGGCUUUAAAAAGUUUAUGAAACAUGUUCACUGCACGUUCAGUAAUUGUAAGUUCUCUCGGGUCUCUAACCACAUCCACUGUAUCAGACCAGGAUGCACAUAUGUUUUACAUUCUACAGGGCAACUUUAUUCACACAAAAGAAAACAUGACAGAAAAGAAAGUGAUCUCCUCCAAAGAAAGUUCAGUCAAGUCCAAGGCAUAUCCAAUACUUCGGUACCCGACCAGCUUUUAUCAGAUGACAUUCACUCUAACCCUGGUCUGCCCCCACCUCUCAUCAGUGGGUUACAUGUGACACUAACCUCCCCGUUAUCAAUCCAGUUCGGUCCAACUUGCAACUACCAUGGACAAGUGGCAACUGCUAUCGCCACCAGAAGUGAAGGACUAGAGUCGACUACUCUUACAGCCGGAAGUGAAGGAAUAGUGACGACUACUCUUACAGCCGGAAGUGAAGGACUAGUGUCAACUGCUAUCUCCGGCGGAAGUGCCAGCAUAUCUCAAUCUAUUCGAAAUAACUGUGCCACUCAAUUAUCGAAGUUUGAUGCAAUGCUGACGGAAACCAAACUUCUAACUUCACUUAAUUAUGCCACUAGUUUACCCCAUUCUCCAUUCCACUUACCAGAUAGCACCACUUUAAUAAAUCAAACUCAAGACGCAGUAGCUAUAUAUCGCACACUACUAAAACAGGAAGGGGAUGAGUCUUGGAAGGAGUAUAUAAAGUUAUACGACUUGAACGAAUGUACCAUGGCCCAGUGCGAUGAAGAAUCUAGAGAUCACUACCACUGUUUCACAGAUAACUGUUGCUUGUGCUUCAGAGCUACGGAAUUUAACCGUGUACAGGAACAUGCAAGAAACCACGGACUUCAGGACCUAAUAACAGAAAUGCACUACGUGACGGCAAAACCAGGAGACGAUUCGAGAUGUCCACCUGGCUGCAAUUUAAGCAGUGAAACACACUACCAUUGCAUCUGGGAGGGAUGUCAAGCGGUGAUCAAUGGUUUAGAUCAACCAUUUCAAAGACUUGACCAUUACAAGACUCAUGAAUACUCUUACAAUCCGAAAAUUUAUAAGAAUCAGUAUCCAGGAAAGUGUAUUUAUUUAUCAUUUGGACAAUCCACACGGAAAAGGGGGCGACCUCCCAAGAACAAUCUAUUGAAAUGUUCUGUUUCCUCUUCAUUUUCACCAAACACCAAUUUACCAAUUGCCAUAACAACCACUAACGAAAAUUACCCAGUCCAGACUAACAAUAAUGACCAGUUUCAUGGUGUCUUCAACGUAUCACCACUGACAACCGUCGCCAAUAUCACUUCUAUUACAACAUCAAAAGCUUCGAACCAGGUGUACUCUCCAUCUCAGACUUCUUCUUCUUCGCUAUUAAAGACUAAUACAUCUCAAAGCUCAACGUCUGUGACUCCUCAGUAUUCUGCUAGUGGACAAUCGUCAUAUUCCGAAAAUCUAUGUGAAUUUGUUGCCUACAACAGAAACAGUCCUUGCCCAGACCAUCUUUGUUUGUACUAUGGUCAACAUCACUUCCACUGCGUCCACCCUCGCUGUUAUUUCGUCACCAACUGUAGCAAUGCCCUAUUUCUACACUCCACGGAUUUCCACGUCAACUUUGAUAUUCUGGAAGAUUUUCUUUUCUUUGACAGAAAUGUGGACUGCCGUUUAUCAAGUUGUCCUAGCAAUAAGUUCACUCGUCAUUUUCAUUGUGCUCGGCCCGGCUGCUUCUAUUCUUUCGUUCGUUACAGUAGCAUGAGUAAGCACGAUGAGAAACAUAGAGAGUUGAUCAUCCCGAGCUCAAGUGAGGAUAAACAGAAUGGACAGAAAGUGAAGCCUGAGCUGGAGUUGGCUUGUAAUUCUAACCCUGAAAACGUCAAUAUUAUAACUAGUAGUGAAAGUUUCGCUAAAACAGCAGACACUUUUACAAACAAAACUACUGUUGUCAAAGCAAGAGGUACAUAUUAUCCUUUGUCAGCGUUUUAUGAACAAAACCAAAACUCGAAGGCAAGCAUCGCGGGUUUACCUGUUUUACCAGUGAGCAAUACCAGCUAUCAAGAUGUGGACACCUCGCAAAGUUCAUGUACUGAACAACUAUCUACUCAACCGGCAGGACACCCAGCAACAUGUACGGAACGGAAAAACGUCUUGCUUGCCAGUAAUUGUGGUUAUCCAUUCUGUCAGAAUAAGAAGGAACAUUUUCACUGUGGUAUGUGUAAUCAAACUUUCUUCUUUACUUCUGACGUAAAGACACACAUCUGUGAGCAUCUUAGCGGUUUCAUCGCGGUACUUUCUUCACGCGACGUGGAAGACCCGGUCGAACAAGAUGAUAGUAGUGGUGACAACCUGAAGAAGUAUCGAAUAGAAGGUUGUUUUAACAAUGAUCAACGAGCCACGGAGGAAACCCGCAUAUCACAACAAGGCUGUGUUGAACAAAGCAGUCAGUUAAUGUUGUCUGGUGUAGUCUCGAAGGAUUUAAUACCAGUAAACGUAAGUCUGACGGGGAAAGCAAUAACAGUUUCCAAAGAGAACUUGCUAAAUAGCAUGAAACGGUGUGCAGUAAGUAGUUUUGAGGGAUACACAGUAGCGAAAAAAGUGAGGUCUCAAAGUUUACAUGUCCUAAAGGACGAUCCAGUGCCUGAAGGGUAUGUUAGGUAUCGGUUCAACGAGAACUGUGGUUUUUCUUUCUGUGGCUACAGAGAGCACCAGACUCAUUUUCAUUGUCUCCGUAAAGACUGUGGAUACAGUUUCUGUGACAAGACCCGUUUUGUUCAGCAUACAGCUCGUCAUGAACGGCUAGACACACUCAUGGGCAGUGACUUCCGACAGUUCCGAGUGAAUAUCAACUGUGGAUAUCCGGACUGCUCUUAUAUGAACACCUCAGGUACAAUAACCAGCAGGUAUGCCCAUUUCCACUGUCUUAAGUGUGAGUUCAUGUGUUCCGAUACAAACAAACUAGUAGCGCAUCGCAGGCAGCAUGCUAAGCUGGAUAAUAUCAAUGCUGCUGGUUUCCGGAAGUUCACUUCAUCGCAACAGUGUAACUUUGAAGGAUGUACGUACAACCAAAAACAGACUCACUAUCAUUGCUUGAAAUGUCACUGUGCAGUUGUCGGGCUGUCGCAAAUUUCAUCGCAUGGAAAUCGCCACAUAAUCAAUGAUCUUGAAUGA